AUGUCGUACCCGACUCUGCCAACCAACCUCCCGCCCGCGACGCCGCAGAGGCCCCUUCCUGGAGCUUACUUGCAAACCCCAGGCGUCGCCCGCAAUGGGCCGUUCCAGUCUUCAGCUCAGCAGCAGCAGCAGCCACAGCAGCCACAGCCCGCCGCUGCCCAGCCUCCGAUGCCCAGAAUGCCCCCGGCCGCCUCACAGUCACAGAUUCGGACGUUGAGCACCGAGGAGCGUGGAGCGCGGACCAUCAACGAUACGCUUCUAAAGGAAUCGCGGUAUCCAGAUCUGGACAGCUACCUGUCUCAGGGUUUCUCCUCCGAAUAUGAUAUCCCAGUAUCCCAGUCAUGGGCGCCUUUCCAAAAAGUCAAGAUGUACAAUAUCCCCGACCAGAUUUUCGAACAGUACAACCGUGCACAAGUGUCAACAACUAUGGGUCUCUUCGCCGAAUUGAACCACGCGUGGGUGGCGAUCGAUAAUGCACUCUAUCUCUGGGAUUUCACGCAUCCGAACUCUCAAUUGGUUGGGUUUGAGGAGCAGCCUAACAGCAUCAAUGCGGUCAAGCUGUUGAAGCCACGCCCGGGAGUGUUUCUGCCCGCUAUCACCCACCUGCUUGUGGUGGCUACGACUGCAGACAUAAUCUUGCUGGGUAUGGGCGUGGAAUCGACACCAAAUGGAUCGAAACAGGUGACUCUCUACCAGACUGGAAUGGGGGUGUCUAUUCGUGGUCUCGAUGUAAAUGUGUUUGCCUCGUCCGACGCUACUGGUCGCAUCUUCUUUGGAGGGUUGUCGGACAAUGAGGUUUACGAGCUUACAUACCAACAAGAGGAAGGAUGGUUCCAGGGUCGAUGUCGCAAAAUCAACCAUACCAGCUCGAGGCUAUCUGCCUUCGCGCCAUCCCUGAGCUUUUCCAACCUUGCCGUCUUGUCCCAGAAGGCCACUGAGCAUGUGGAGCAAAUGGUAAUUGACGACAGUCGGAAACUGCUCUAUACUCUGUCCUCAACAUCGACCAUCCGAGUCUUCCAUAUGAAAGCCGAUGGUGCUAUUUGUCUUGCAAUCACCAAGCAGGCCCAGGAUAUCUAUUCCAACAUCGGACAUAUCAUCGCAUCUAACGACACCUUGAACCCUAAAGUCAAGAUUGUUUCCAUCAGCCCUGUCCCUGCCGCGGAGGCAUCGCGGUACCAUCUCGUGGCAACCACAGCCACGGGUUACCGGAUCUAUCUCAGUGCCACCAACGCAUAUAGCUGGACCCCCGGGUCGAACGGCAACAAUGCACCCACAAGCAUGCAGGCCCAGCAUGUCAAGACCCCACCGGUCGAUAACACAGCAGCAUUCCCCGCUGUAGCGGCCCCAACCGAGUACGGUGUUUCUCGACUCAAUUCGGCUGUCACGAUACACCCGAUCCAGUCUCUCUCCCCUACCCGAAUGGCGGCACGAUUUCCCCCCGGUUUCUUCUUUUGCUUUACUUGCAGAGAUGCCACCCAGAAAAUGGAUACAUUGUUCAUCUCCUCGCCUGAUCCAGGUCGUCUUAACUACCAGCCAGAAAGUGUGAACAUUGCCAAGUCUGCUGAGGCAGCCGUCUGGUUGAAUCUGGGUGGCCGAGCUGAAGAUAUUGGCUUAUGCUCAAGUGCUCCUCUAGGCAUCCCCGGGGGUGGGUUUGGCAACGAGCUGGCCGUUCAGUUUGAUCAGGGCGCGACCGAAAUUGCAAUCUUGACCAAUAGUGGCAUCCACAUCAUUCGUCGGCGACGUCUGGUAGAUGUGUUUGCUGCGUUAGCGCGCAGCCGCGGUGCUGCCGAGGGUGAGGAGGGCCUUGAGCUGGAGGUCGUGAAAUUCAUCAGAGCAUAUGGCCGCAAUGAGACACUGGCUACUGCUCUGGCUGUGGCUUGCGGCCAGGGUGUGGAAGUUUCCGCUGAUCAACGACUUACCCCGAUCAACGAUCCGGAUGUGCUCGAGUUUGCUCGCAGAGUCUUUAUCGAGCAAGGUGGCCGGCCAGUGCCGAACGAAAAUACUGUGCAGGACAACACCACUCCAGCCAUCGAUACUAUCCAUCUCUCUCCUCGUCAUGACGGUAUUGCCUUGUAUAUCUCGCGCCUGCUGCGGUCGAUCUGGAAAAAAGAGAUUACCAAGGUGGGCAAGGGACCCAACGGUGCGAUGUCUGUGUCCGCCUCGGUGAGCGCUGCCAAGCUUCGCGUCAUUCAGCACGAUCUUUCCUCCCUGCAAGACUUCUUCAAAGUCAACAAGAGCUUCAUUGAGGGUCUGACUGGACCUGAGGAACUGGCUCGGGUGUCCAACCGACAACAAGAGACGGCACUGCAAGCCGAGCACCGUGCUCUUCAUUCUCUCGUUCAGCUGGUUUCACACACAAUUGAGGGUAUUUCCUUUGUGCUGGUGCUGUUUGAUGAGCGAGUGGAAGAGAUUGUGGCGACAUUGCCUGAAGAGUCGAAGCAGCGAUUCUUGAAGUUGACUUUCGAGGAGCUCUUCAGUACUAAAAAUGGCCACGAAAUCGCCAAGGAGUUGGUGAAGGGUAUCGUGAAUCGCAACAUUGCCAAGGGAUCUAAUGUUGAGACUGUGGCUGAUGCUCUUCGCCGCCGGUGUGGUAGCUUCUGCAGUGCCGAAGAUGUGGUCAUCUUCAAGGCGCAGGAGCAGCUCAAGCGUGCGACGGAGGCCGGUGCCAACUCCGAGCUCGGUCGCAACUUGCUGAACGAGAGUUUACAUCUUUUCAUGCAGGUGGCCGAGAACCUACCCAUGGAUUAUCUAGUUUCGGCCGUGGACAACUAUAUUACCAACCAAUUCUUUGCCGGUGCAAUCCAACUAGCCCUUCAUGUGGCCUCACGCUCCGAUAAGGCGCAGCUGGCCCUCUCGUGGAUUGUGGACGGCCGCCCCGAACAGGUAACUUUACCCCAUUCUCCUGGCUUCUACAACACCGACCAACAAGGGUCACUCAUCUUUUUCCAGGACCCCCGUAAGGAGUACUUCCUUUUCCGCAAGCAAUGCUACGAUCUCAUCUCCAAAAUUAUCGUUGCCGUGGACACCCAGGCCGCUACUGAUCCUCGUGUAAUUGAUGGUCAAUUGACCGUGAUUGCUAAGCGACAGGCCGAGGCAUAUGGCGUUAUUUCCGAUUCUAGCGACGAGGUAUUUUUGACCAGUCUGUACGACUGGUACCUCGAGCAGGGCUGGAGCGACCGACUCCUCCAGACCCAAUCGACCUUUGUCGUGGACUAUCUCAAGCGGAAGUCUAAUGACGAUAUUGCCCAUGCCGACCUGUUGUGGCGAUACUACGCCCAAUCCCAGCGGUUCUUCGAGGCCGCCGAAGUCCAGUUCCAGUUGGCUCAGAGUUCCUUUACGCUGCCACUUAGCCGUCGUAUCGAGUAUCUGGGCCGUGCUCGUGCUAAUGCUUCCACUUUCACUGCCGACGUCGGCCGUCAGGUCCGACAGCGCCUGCUGCAGGAAAUCUCGAACCUCAUCGACGUGGCCAAUAUCCAGGAUGAUCUCCUGCAACGUCUGAAGGACGAUAAUCGCAUCGCCCCCGAACGCAAAACGGAUAUCCUCCGGGAAGUGGAUGGCCCAGUCUUGGAUAUCAGCACCCUCUACAACCAAUAUGCAGACUCAGCGAGCUACUAUGACAUCUGUCUGCAGAUCUUCUUCCUUGCCGAUUACCGGAAUGCGGCGGACAUCAAGUCUACCUGGCAGAAUCUAAUCCAGGAUCUGCACCAGAGGACAGUGGAUCACGGCACGCCGCAGCCGUUCGAGGCCGUGGCCGAGAAAGUACGGAGCCUUGGCAGCCGUCUGCGGAUGUCGGAGACGGUUUUCCCUGUCCGGGAGCUCCUGCCGAUGCUGGAACGGUAUUCAAUGGAGUUCCAACGGAGUGUCAGCACCACCCACUGGGUGGUUGAUCUGUUCCUGGAUCUGGGGGUCGCGCACGACGCCCUCUUCACCGUUUUGGAGGCGAUGUUCUAUACUGAUGAGGCGCCCUUCCACGGCCCCAACCGCCGGUUCAUCGCCAUUGACUUGCUUUAUCUGUUGCAGGGAUGGUUCCGGGAAAGUGUCCGGUUGGGAGGAAUGGUGUUCGGGGGCGACAGCCAGGCCGAGCGUGUCUCGGAGACAUUGUUGUUGAUGCAACAGCAGCCGUGGAGUGCUCAGACGCCUGAAAUUACCGAGCGGAGCGAGGAAUUGCGGCAACGGAUUGAGGAUCUGCUACGGUGA